CGCUCCGACUUCUCUCUCCGGUGCUCCCACGACCCGGUCAACGCGACAGGCUUCUUUUCUUUCCAUCCAAGCAAGCCAAGGGCAUAGAUCCCAAAUGGGAAAUUUUGGGCAUGGGCUUCUUCUCCCCACAACGUCAAAUUUCCGCUCUCGAAAAAACUCGUGAGAGAAUAAGACGGGACGAGAAGCUGUUCUCACAUUCACCCACCCACCGCCGCCGAGAUCUUCGCGUCAUUGGAAUCUUCCCCCUCGGGACAGACCCGCCAGGAGAGAGAGAGAGAGAGAGAGAGAGAGAGAAAUCCACAGCCAGGCAAUGCAAAAGUCGACGACCGGUCCGAGGGGAACAUGGAAGAAAUUCCUCCCCCCGGACAGAAUAUCUACGAUUUCACGAGCGGAUCGCGCCAUCGUGGGCACACAUACACACACACGCUCCCCCGCGGCGCCUUCCCUUUGGCUUGCGAAGGAAAGGGCUUUGCUGGGUGGAAGACGAGCGGUGGAUUCCACUCUCGUUACGAUUAUUGUUGUUAUUGUCACCGUGGCGAUGGGCGUGGAGAUGGGCAUUGAGAUGGAAUUGUUCUGGAGAUGGAAUCGUUCUGCAGAUGGAAUCGUUCUAAAGAUGGGGAUGGAGAUGGAACCGGAAACUCAAAAGAGAGAAGAGCACAGCCGUGAGGAUGAAGGAAGGAAGGAACCCAGGUCUAUGGGAACUUUUCCUGUUGAAAAUGGUUGAUCUCUUCCUCUUUCUCUCUCUCUCCCGUUGGUGACAAUGGGGGGAGAAGUUUGUCGAUUGGGUGCGAGUUCGUUCAAAGAUAUGGUUACUCCGGGAGAGGAAA